AUAAUAAAAUGUCAAAUAAAAUUUGAAUAAAGAGAAUAUAUUUUUUGACAUGUUUUCUGCUGUUCCAUUUAUAUACGUUACGCCAGUGUAACAAGUUCCAUUUACCUAGCGUCCUUCCUGUUUUUUAUUAGCCAAUCGAUCGACUUUACGGCGAACUUUCGAUCGCAACGGAUAAUGUCAACGUUGGAGUUUCGCGGUUUUGUUUGGCGGUACUCUAUUGCUAUGGUAACUUUACGAAUCGUUUGCGCGCGCGCAUUUCUUUUAUUUUGUAUAUUGUUCCCAAUAAAGAGCUUUACUCGGAAGACGCGAUGAGUGACAUAUUUCCGGUAUGCAUGUCGCCCCAAUGAACGAUAAGUCAAUUAAUUAAGCUGAUGUCUAACGGGCGUAAGUAUCAUUGAUUCGUAUCAAUUGGUCAAGUUUGAGCAGGAUCACAGGUAAGGGUCACAUUUGAAAGCCAUUUAAACGACACAUUAAUUAGCGGAAUUACUGCAUUAACGGUAAUUGGAACGGAGCGAUCGCCGUGCUCUCGCGAGACGUGACUAUUCAUGUUAUUUGCAUUCCGCAAAUACACCUUUACACUAUUAAUGCUUAAUUUAAUACCCUAAAUUAGUCAAGAACAUUUAUAUUAUAACUUGCAAUUGCUCCUGUAAUCGAAGAUUCAAUUCUUUAUUUAAUUCCUGAAUUAAACCUCCUGAAUUUCUAAAUUCCUGAAUUCCUUAAUUCCUGAAGUCACACUUUAUAUCCAACUUCUCAUUAUUAUUUCUCAACAUAAGUUAAUAAUCUUAUUUCCAGCUGCAAAUUUUAUAGACUUUAUCUUUUCCUUAUUUGUAAUUUUGUGAUUUCUAACUGCAUUCGCGCACUUGUAUCAAAGAGAUUUUAUGUGCGUGUAUCUCGUAUAAAAGUAACAAAAAAAAAAAAAUAACUUGCCUAUAAAAAUAUAUCUUGUUUUAAAACUAGGUAAUAAAGAUUGAUACAUAGCAGCAGUGCACGUAGCCAUAGAUUUAGGGUCUACAAAUUUGAAAAGUUUUUCUUUAGUUGAAGUUGUGCACACACAGUAAUAAAAAUUUCAGAGGGGAGGGAGAAAGAAACGUAAAAGAGGAAAGACGCGAAGAAAUAACGGAAAUAACAAGUGAACGGAGCAAGAAAGCAAGGAAGCAGCGAGAUGCCGAUUGAUUGUUAUUACAUACCACCAAGUCCACCUUGUCGUACCAUUAUGUUACUCGCAAAAGCACUAGGCAUUCACCUUAAUUUCAAGCUCAUAAAUGUCAUGAAAGGGGAGCAUUUGACGCCGGAAUUUUUACAGAUCAAUCCACAACACGUAAUACCAACCAUUAAUGACAACGGCUUUAUUUUAUGGGAAAGUCGUCCUAUUAUGAUUUAUUUAGUCAGCAAAUACGCAAAAAAUGACUCUCUUUAUCCAAAAAAUCCGAAAGAAAGGGCAGUGGUCGAUCAAAUGAUGUAUUUCGAUGCCGGUAGUCUCUAUGCCAAUCUUAUGAGAUGUUUUAUACCGGUGGUACGAGGUCUAGCUAAUUCCAUUAACGAGGCAGAUCUGGUUCGAGUGGAGAAAUCGUUCGAGGUUCUCAACGCUUUCCUCGAUGGCAAGGAAUUUGCGGCCGGUGAUAAUUUGACCAUUGCCGACUUCACUAUCAGCACAACUAUUUGUACGAUAUUGUGUUUUGAUUUCGACAUCAGUCGUUACGAUAACGUUGCCGCGUAUUACGACCGUUGCAAGGAAACCCUGGAGAGAUUUGGGUUUGAGGAGGUGCACGCUAUGGGUGUUAAAACGUUUACCGAGAUGUACCACGCGAACCUGCAAGAAUCUAGUUAACAUGGAUAUGGAUAUUUGUGCACGCCUAAAGCGAAGAAUCGAUAGUUACUCGUUUACCUGAGAUCGAGAUUAGACAUGGAAUCUCAUUGUUGUACCUUAUAGAAUUUAAAAUUUGCUUUUUACCUUCCGCAGUGUUUCAACAGCUUUGUUAUGAUAAACAAUAUAAGUGUUUUCAAAAUGUUGUUACUACUUGAUAGUUGCUUGAUAGAUUAUUUAAUAAAUUCUUUGUUCGUAGAGCUGGUCUUUAUACUUUUGCGAUAUCUGUUUAUACGUUUGCGAUAUGUAUUUUUCUACAUGUAACACAACAAAAGUCUUAAAUAUAAUUAC